GAACUCUCGCUUUGAGUGGGCGUGUCCCCCAGCGAGUCCGUGCUUUUAUGGGCAUGCGCAAUGAACUGUCCGGCAGUCACAGUCUAGUCACAGUGCAUGCAGUGUCAUUUUGAAUCAUGCAGCUAAAGGACAUCAUGCCGUCCAGGGACGGCAAAGUGGCUGUCGUCGCCUACCUCAUCUCCAUCGUCUCGUUCUUCGUGAUGGUGGUAGAAGAGGUAGACUGGUGGGCCAUACCUCUGGUCGAGGGCGUCGCCUACUUCAUCAUGAUCCUCAUCAUAGACGUCAAGAUUGUCCAGGUCAUCUUCAUCGUUCACUCCCUGGGACUCGUGUUCUCUGUGGGCGGUCUCAUCGCCGUAUCCGACCACCCCUUCUCCAGUUUCGGGGUCUACAUGAUGGCUAUGUCUUUCUUCCACUGGUCGGAGUACGUCACGACGGCUAUAUUCAACCCCUCUACUCUCUCCCUGGACUCGUUCCUCAUCAACCACAGCUGGGAGUAUGGCGUGGCGGCCUGUGCCAGCUGGCUGGAGUUCUGGGUCGAGUAUUACUUCUUCCCUGGUCUCAAGACGCUCAGAAUCUUCUUCUGGGUGGGGCUGGUGAUGGUUGUAUUGGGGGAGACCCUGAGGAAAGUGGCAAUGUUCACGGCAGGCUCAAACUUUACCCACCAAGUCCAGAAUGUCAAGCGGCCUAAUCACAGUCUCGUCACCACAGGGGUGUACUCGCUAUUUAGACACCCAUCCUACGUAGGGUGGUUCUAUUGGAGCAUAGGGACUCAGAUAUUAGUGUUCAACCCAGUAUGCUCCGUGGGCUAUGCAAUAGUCACGUGGAUGUUCUUCCGAGAGAGAAUAGAGGAGGAGGAGAAACUGCUACUGUGGUUCUUUGGUGAUGAGUACUCUCAGUACAAGGAGAAAGUUGGCACUGGGAUUCCAUUUCUUCCUGGCUACAAACACAAGACGUCUUAGGGAGGGCAGUCUAUUCAUAGGGAGCUUUUGAACUCUUAGGGCACAAACAGAGUUAUCAAUUGCUACUCUAACGCACGACUCGCUUACAUCUUUCUAAAGGCAUUCACCUAUUCAAGUUUUCUUUCUGUAAGAAGGCCCAUCAUCUAAGCCCAAAACGGGUCCAAUGAAUGAGUGCUCUUGCUGGCGACACAAGAUAUACAUACAACGUACUAUCAUGUUAGUUGUCAGUGAGUUUGACCAAUGACUGAUGUCAUGAUUUUACAUGCAUUUAGGCAGUUGUAGUUUGUACUAACACAAUAGUGCACACAUGUAGCUAUAGGUGUUAUAUUGGUGUUCCCUACCAGGUUUAGUAAGGUAAUCUUUGACAUAGACAUCAAUGGGGAGUGGGGACAGACUAGACUUGGAAACCGCUUGCAACAAUAAUGUGGAUAUAGCUCAAACGUCCUACCUUGCAAAGUUAUGGAACAAUAAUUAUCGUUGUGGGUAUAUAGGGGGAACUAGAUACGAGACCAAGGGCUGCUGUAUUUGAUAGCAGAACACUGGGCUGAGCCAGAGAC